AUGUCUUUGGAGCUCCACGUUUGGGGCGACGACAAUUUGUCAAUUAUUGAGCCUGAGUGUAUCGCAGCAGCGUGGCUCCUUAGCAUCCACUUAGUCUCUCAGAAGAUCAACUUCACCAUAGUCAAGUCCAACAACACCAAUCUCUCUAGGACAUUGAGGUUACCGCUUUUGGUAGGGCCAUCUGUUUCAGCAGAGGGUUUUGUCGAAAUUGCUAGCUAUAUAUCAAGAGCCUACCCACUGGACUCUACCAAGUUUGUGCCAGAUGGAAAGCUCUCGGCGAAGGACCAAUUGAUUAAUGCAAGUCUUCAAAGCUACGUGAAGAAGACAUUGCACAAUGUUCACCAGUAUAACACCUAUGUGAACACUAAGAACUACGAAAAUUAUACCAGGAAAUUAUUUCUGCAUUACCUUCCAUUCCCUAUGAUGUACAACCAGCCUUUGAAGUUCUACAAGGACGCCUGCGAACAGGCCAAGCUCAUUGGGCUAGGAACGAAUAAAACCGGUUUUUUUAGCUUUGGAGGAGCCGGGGAAGACGAGGUUCUUGACACUGAGCUUGUUAAUGACGACGAGGACGAAGAAUACAAGGAAGUAGCCAUCAGCGCCCUACACGAGAAGAUGAUUCUUGCCAAAUCAAAGGACAAGGCAAUCAUGAGAGAGUCAAGAAACGCGUUCAAAUGCAUUGCCUUAACUCAUGGAUACAUAAAGCACGUCAUCAAGCUCUUUGAGGAGUUGAAUCCCUCGCUGCCAGUGACCUACGCCUACCUAUUCAAACCUAAAAAGGUGUCUUCGUCAGAACUUCUUCUAUAUGCUUACAUCUACUCCAUCACGCUACACGACUUGCCCGAUCGGUCAAUUGCUGAACACUUGGAGAAUGAGUUUCCUGCCUUUUGGAAAUUUGCAACCACCAUCAUCACAGCAUUACAGGACAGCUUGAAGCCCGGAUACCUACGAAAGGGCAAGGGCAAGGAGGUGCCUUCGCUCUGGAACGAGCUCGGGCUACUUUCCGGUCUAAUUCUGUAUGAAGUGGCAAAGUAG